UUGUGAAAAUGGCUGGAUUCUUGAUUGGGCGGAGAGCACAGAAAAAGUGCAGGUGAUCUUCUUGCAGAAGCAGAAGUGUGUCUGGCACUAUCAGAAACUCAACUUCUUGGUAACCAUGGAGAAGUUGUGUCAGACUGAUGAACAGUAUUUGCUAUGUAGCCACAGCUGGAAGUGUUUGUCUUCUGCUGUCGGCAGCCGCUGGAUAUCGCUUUGCUCGCUGGCCUUCUGUAGUCUUCUUCUUCCGCCUGAGAGGAUGGGUGGAGAGGAGGUUUGGUAGGCAGUGGCACAGGAGGAGGAGACGAGUCGAGGGGGCUGAUGGAGAGAUAGAGGAGAUGCGGUAUGAUGCCUUUGUGUCUUUCUGUAGCCGAGAUGAGGCCUGGGUCUUGGGGGAGAUGGCUCCUCGACUGGAAGAACAAGGGAACCCAAGACUGAGGCUGUGUCUGCACAACAGAGAUUUUGAGGUGGGUAAAGAUAUCAUGAACAACAUCACUGAGAGUAUUUACAGCAGUCAGUGCACUGUUUGUUUUCGGCGGUAUCUGCGCAGUGAUUGGUGCAGUCUGGAGAUGCGAGUGGCCACACACCGGCAGCUGGAAGAGCAGAAACACCGUCUCAUCCUCAUCUUCCUCGAACACAUCUCUCCUUUUGCGCUUUCUGCUUUCCAUCGUUUGGCCAGACUGGUGAAAUCACGUACAUAUCUGGACUGGCCAGAGGAUGAAGGUGACAGAGUGCAUUUCUGGGAUCGUCUAAGGAGGAACAUUGCAGAGGAAGACAAGGAAGCUUCUUGAAACUACACCUGCUGUGUUCCUGCUUGAACACAACUGUCAAAAAGCAAUGAUAAAACAAAUCUUAUUACU